UCAGGGGUCGCAGACAGACGGGGGAGGUUGAAGAGCUGCAGAAAGUGGAGAGGUGCUGGAAACCCCAAAGCGGCGGAGAAGUGAUCACAGUCUGAAAAUCUCACUGGGAGCACCUGUGGCCGUGCACGUCCUGCGGCACCCGAGUGGGCUUUGAUUGCAAACAAAAUGUCCGGUCACAGCACCAUAGCCGGGGUGCUGGUCGCUCUGUGCAUCGGGAGCGCGGUGCACUCCAUGCCCCAGGGGACGCUCACCAACCCGCAGCUGUAUCGCGCUGCCUCGGUCUCUCCAGAUGGCUGCAUAGAGAACGGCCAGUCAUAUAACGUAAACGACCAGUGGGAGCGUCCUUAUUUGAGUGGCACCCUGAUCUGUACCUGUCAAGGAGUUGCUGGGAUUAAGUGCAGAAGCAAGCCAGAAGAGGAAAAGUGCUACGACAAACUCAGCCAGAAGUUCUACAGCGUGGGAGAAACCUUCGAAAGCCCAAAGGAUGGCAUGAUCUGGGACUGCACGUGUAUUGGAUCGGGGAAGGGCAGAAUCAGUUGCACCAUUGCAAAUCGCUGUCAUGAUGGCGGCGCCUCCUAUAAGAUCGGAGACACCUGGAGGAGACCCCAUGAAGGAGGCUACAUGCUGGAGUGUGUCUGUCUGGGUAACGGGAAGGGAGAAUGGACCUGUAAACCUGUUGCUGAGCGUUGCAUUGAUCAGGCGGUUGGAACAUCCUACGUUGUUGGGGAGACGUGGGAGAAGCAAUACCAGGGAUGGAUGAUAAUCGACUGCACCUGUCUAGGAGAGGGAAAUGGACUGAUCACAUGCACAUCCAGAAAUCGCUGUAAUGAUCAGGAAACUCGGACCUCAUACCGUAUUGGAGAUAGAUGGACUAAGAUAGAUUCUUACGGCCACCAGCUCCAGUGUGUCUGCAACGGGAACGGCCGUGGGGAGAUGAAGUGCGAACGACAUGCCUCACUUCACACCACUAGCCUGGGCACUGGCUCUCAUGUGGUAACCAACAUCCAGCCUGCAGUCUACCACCCUGUCCCCGUGCCGGAGGUUCUCUUGGAGGGAUCCUGCAAGACUGACUCAGGACUGACGUACUUCAAUGGACAGCGCUGGAUCAAGAACCAGGGAAAUAAAAAGAUGAUCUGCACCUGCAUGGGAAAUGGAGUUAGCUGCGAUCAGUGGGAUGGACCAGCUCCAGUGUAUGGUGGAAACUCUGGAGGUCUUUCCUGUGUGUUCCCGUUUGUCCACAAGGGGAAGACGUACCAUUCCUGCACCUCUGAGGGCCGCAGUGAUGGACAGCUGUGGUGUUCUACAUCUUCUGACUUUGACAAAGACCAGAAAUAUUCUUUCUGUACAGAGAAGAAUGUGGUCUUGAUGACACGAGGUGGUAAUUCCAACGGGGCUCUGUGUCAGUUUCCAUUCCUCUACAAUGGCCGAAAUUACACUGACUGUACCUCAGAUGGCCGGAGGGAUGGCAUGAAGUGGUGUGGCACAACAACAAACUACGAUGCAGACCAUCGGUUUGGGUUCUGUCCAAUGACUGCAAAUGAAGAAGUGUGCACAACAAGCGAGGGGCUGAUGUACCGCGUAGGUGACCAGUGGGACAAGAGACAUGAUGUCCUAGGUCACAUGAUGCGUUGUACCUGUGUCGGCAAUGGAAGAGGGGAAUGGAGCUGUGUCGCUUACUCCCAGCUUAAAGAGCAUUGUCUUGUGGAUGGUGUGACCUAUGAGGUUAACCAGACUUUCACCAAAGAGCAUGAAGAAGGAUACAUGAUGAACUGCACCUGCUUUGGACAGGGCCGCGGUCGCUGGAAGUGUGACGCAAUUGACCAUUGCCAGGAUCCAGAGACAAGAACUAUCUAUCAGGUUGGAGAGUCUUGGGACAAAGUUAUCCAAGGCGUCAUGUAUAAAUGCAUUUGUUAUGGCAACGGUGUUGCGGAGCAUGGAUGCGAGCCCCAGCUGUCAUAUCCCGGUGGCCAUCGUCCUGUUCAGGUAAUCAUUGCAGAGUCUGGAGGCCAACAAAAUUCCCAUCCUGUCCAGUGGAACACCCCAUCAUCAGCACACGUAACCCAGUACGUUCUGAAAUGGAGAGUGAAAGGCACAGUUAGUCCAUGGAUGGAGGUCGCGAUUCCUGGUCAUCUUAAUUCCUACACCAUCUCUGGCCUCAAACCGGGGAUUACAUAUGAGGGCCAGCUGAUCAGUGUGCUUCGGUUUGGACACAGAGAGAUUACGCGCUUCGACUUCACCACUACCUACGGAUCAUUGAUUCCAUCGUAUGGAGAAGCCACUCCUCCUCCCCCCAUAGUUGAGAUCUCCGAAUCAGUGACAGAAAUUACCUCCAACAGCUUCGUUGUCUCCUGGGUUUCUGCCUCUGACACCGUGUCUGGUUUCAGGGUGGAGUAUGAGCUGAUUGAACAGGGUCAAGGAACUGGACAACCUUUUGUCCUAGAUUUGCCUCGUUCAGCCACCUCAGUAAACAUUAAUGAGCUUCUGCCAGGGAGGAAAUAUAAUGUCAACGUCUACGAGGUCACAGAUGGAGAAGAGACCAACCUCAUUCUUACUACUUCACAAACAACUGCACCUGAUGCUCCAAAGGAACAUGAAAUACAGGGGGUGGGAGAUACUUCCAUUGUGAUCAGUUGGAAUAGACCCCUGGCUCCCAUCACUGGUUACCGUGUUGUGUUUAUGCCAUCAGAGGAGGGUGAAAGCACAGAGCUGACCCUUCCUGAUACUGCGACGUCUGUGACGCUGAGUGACCUCCUGCCAGGAAUCUCCUACAACAUCAGCAUCUUUGCCGUGGAAGACAGUUUGGAGAGUGAACCUCUCUUUGUUCAAGUCAACACUACUGGAGAACCACUGCCAGUUGAAGUGGAUUCCCCAUCUGACUUGCAGUUCUUUGAGGUGUCUGACAAGAAAAUCACUCUGACCUGGUCGAGCCCAGCAACCGGAAGCGUGUCGGGUUACCGUGUUACUGUGUUGCCUGUUGAUGAUUCAGGCUCUCCGCAGAGCGAGAUGACUUUGCCUGUGCACCAGAACACCUACGUUGAAGUGACACACCUAAAUCCAGGCACACUUUACCGCUUCAGUGUCUACACCAUUUACAACGGAAAAGAGAGCGUACCAUUAAUUGGGGAACAUGCCACCAAUCCCGAUGCGCCCACAGACAUUCACUUCAAUGACAUUACAGACAAUAGUGCAGUAGUGCUGUGGUAUGCACCGCGCUCCAAAAUUACUGGAUAUCGUCUCUUCGUGACCGUCGAGGGUUCAAAUCCCAUACAGCUCCGCCUUCCUGACCACAUGACAAAGUACACCCUCCUUAACCUGCGACCGGACACAGAGUACAAAGUCACGCUGCAUUCAGAGCAAGACAAUACACUAAGUGUUGGAGAGAGUGCCGUUUUCACUACUAACUCAGCAAUGGGUAAUGCCCCUCAGUUUAACACAGAUGUCACAGAUACCUCCAUAGUAAUCUCCUGGUCUCCAGUUCCCCGCAUCGGAUACAAGCUGUCAGUCCGACCAAGUCUGGGAGGGGAAGCUCCCAGAGACGUCAUCUCUGAAUCAGGAAGUAUUUAUAUUUCUGGUCUGACUCCUGGAGUGGAAUACACCUACAGUGUCCAGCCAGUUUUUGAUGGUCAAGAGCAAGGCACCCCAAUCACUCGACAUGUUGUCACGCCUUUGUCUCCUCCUACUGAUCUGAACUUGGAGUCCAACCCAACCAACAGUGACAUUACUGUCCAAUGGAAUGGACCAAACACACCAGACAUCACAGGCUUCAGAGUGAAAUGCACCCCCACUAGCGGGCAACAAGGAAACAGCCUGGAGGAAUUUGUGGAGGCUGGGCAGAAUUCCUGCACCCUGGAAAACCUGAGUCCUGGGGUGGAGUAUAAUGUCAGUGUUGUCACGGUGAAGGAUGACAUGGAAAGCACUCCUGUCUCAACUGUCAUUACCCCAGAAGUCCCAAAACUGACCGACGUCACCUUCGAAGGAGUGACUGACACAACCAUCAGUCUCCGUUGGUCGCCGCUUGACACCACUGUCGUUACGGGGUACAAGAUUACAGUCGUUGCAGCUGGUGAGAGCAUUCCCAUUUUUGAAGACAUGGUGACGCCGACCACUGGCCAGUACACGGUGUAUGGUCUGGAACCUGGAAUCGACUAUGACAUUAGCGUUACCACAGUAACAGAGCACGGCGAGAGUGAACCCACCACGUUCACACAACAAACAUCUGUACCAGCCCCCACUAAUUUGAACUUUGGUGAAAUUGGACCAGACAGUCUUGAGGUCACAUGGGUUUCUCCUCAAGUUCCAAACACCUCAGACAUUAACAGUUUCAUCAUUAGAUACCACCCCAUUGAUAAUGAUGAAAUUACAGAAACCAGUGUUGGAGGUGAUACAAAUAGAGUGGUGCUAAGACAUUUGCUGCCGAACACAGAGUAUCUGGUGAGAGUGGUGUGUGUUUACGAGCAGAGAGAGAGCUCACCUACUAUUGGUGUCAAGAAAACAGCUCUGGAUUCACCAGUUGGCCUGCGUUUCUCUGAAAUCAUGACAAACUCCUUCACCAUCCACUGGCAACCUCCUCAAAGUAGAAUCACUGGAUACCGAGUUCGCUAUCAGAUGAUUAGUGGUGGAAGAGCCAAGGAUGAGAGGUUACCACCUUCAAGAAACCACUUUACAAUGACUGGUCUCACUCCGGACACUGACUACUUGGUCAACAUCUAUGCUGUGAGCGGACUACAAGAGAGCCUCCCGCUCAGUGGGACACAGAAAACAAUUUCUGAUGCUCCAACUGACCUAGAAGUGCUUGACUCCACCCCGACGAGUAUCACCGUUCGUUGGGCCGCGCCGCCAGUCACAGUGCGCUACUACAGGAUUACUCACGGAGAGUCAGGUGGUCACACUAAGGAGUUUACUGUGCCUGGCACCAAGUCAACUGCUACAAUCAGCAAUUUAAGGCCUGGUACUGAUUACACUAUCACAGUCUAUGCUGUGACAGGUAGAGGAGACAGUCCUGCUUCUAGCAUUCCCAUCUACGUUACACACAGGACUGGCGUGGAUUCUCCCUCUGAAAUGGAGGUGACAAAUGUGAAUGACAACAGCAUCACAGUGAGAUGGAGUCCAGCUCAGGGUCCAAUCAAAGGCUACAGGGUGACUGGGGCUCCUAGAAAUGGACAAGGGGUGUCAUUCACUGAAGUGGUGGCUCCAGAUCAAACUGAGUUCACUUUCUCAGGCCUGAUGCCGACUGCAGAAUACAUUUUUAGUGUGAAUGCCCUUGGUCAAAAUGGUGAGAGCUCUCCUUUGGUGGUGAAUGCUGUGACAAAUGUGGACCGCCCCAAGGACCUUACCUUCGCAGACGUUGAUUCCACUUCCUUGCGGAUCUCCUGGGAUAGUCCAGAGGGAUUUGUCACAUCUUACCGUGUUUUGUACUCAAGUUCGGAGGAAGGCGAGAGAGAGUUGUAUCCAUCUCCGAGAGGAGAUGCUGAGUCAGCCAUUAUCAGUGGACUACAGCCAGGAACCGAAUAUACAGUGAAAGUUAUUGCCAUGCAUGAUGGUACAACCAGUACUCCUCUGAUCGGUACACAAGCUACAGCCAUCUCCCCUCCCACCAACCUCCAGUUCUCUGAUGUUGGUCCAACGUCUUUUACCAUGCGCUGGACUGCACCCGGUCAGGGAAAUCUGAUUACUGGUCUUCCGGGCCUCACUGGAUACCGUGUUGUAGUAAACCCAAAGAAGAAGAGUGGACCCACCAAGGAGAUCAACCUAGCCCCAGAUACCACUCAGGCCCACAUCCCUGGACUUAUGAUUGCAACAACCUAUGAAGUCUAUGUUUAUGCUUUGAAGAACUCUCUCACCAGCAGACCAGUUGAAGGAGAGGUCACCACUCUGGAAAAUAUCAGCCCGCCUCGACGUGUGCGUAUAUCCGAAGUUAAAGAUUCCUCCAUCACCCUCACUUGGAGGACAAAGGUCGACACCAUCUCUGGAUUCUUGAUCGAAGCCACGCCCACCACCACUUCUCCAGGCAACAUUCCCAUUCAGAGGACAAUCGGGCCUGACUCACGCACAUACGUUCUCAAAGGACUGGAGCCUGGUACCACCUACAAGGUCAAUCUCUAUACACUGAAGGGCAAUGGACGCAGCAUACCUUUUACACUUACAGCUACCACAGCUCAACCAACAGUCAUUCCUCCCACCAACAUUCGCUUUACCUCACUGAAUCCUACCAGCAUUUCCUUCAUGUGGGAGCCAUCACACAGUCCGAGGAUCACCGGCUAUUAUGUCACUUAUGAGGAGGCUGGGGGUUUGCCUCGCGAGCUGACUCCUAGACCUCACGCAGGCAUGAGCUUCGCCACCAUCGAUGGUCUUAAACCAGGAACGGAGUAUGUCAUUAAGAUUGUGGCACUGCAGAACUCUUUGAGAAGCACACCGCUUGUGGGCAAGGCCAGAACCCAGCCAGCUGCAGACUAUUCCACUGUUCAUCAGAUGUUGGUACCUGAACUGCCGCAACUUUCCCAUCGGCCCAGCACCGACAUCCUGGAUGUUCCAGAGACCUUGAACGAAAAGAUUUUUGACUCUAACUAUGUCCAUCUGGCUGGCACAAGUGGUCAGAACCAACCGGGCCAGCAGGGGCAGCACAUUUAUACAGAGUAUCAGAACUUGGGCCCAAAUGUUGGACUUCCUAGCCCCUAUGGUGGACCCAAGGAAGGCCGGAGACCCACAGUCAGAGAGCCCCUGAUUUAUAUUCCUGUCGCUGGUCCUGAUGGAAACAGAGUACCUCUGGUCAAGGUGAGCGACACCCCACUGCCUGGCCUCGCUUUCGGCUUCCCUGACAACGAAACUGAUCUCCCCCAAGAAGCAAAGACAAUCACAACCAUUUCCUGGCAACCUGUCCCUGAAACCACUGAGUACGAGGUGUCCUGCAGCCCAAUUACAGACCUGGAGGAAGGAGGCAUUCAGAUGCGCCUGCCAGGCACCUCCAACAGCGCCACCCUGAUCGGACUGACUUCUGGAGCAUCCUAUAAUGUUGUCGUAGAGGCUGUGAAGGAUGGAAACAAACAGACAGUUCUGGAAGAAGUUGUUACUGUUGGCAAUGCAGUUCCAGAUGACAUUCCUGUUACCACCAAUGGAGACGUGUGCUACGACACAUUCACGCACACAUACCACCAGAUGGGCUCUGAGUGGGAACGCAUGUCCGAGACAGGCUUCAAGUUGUGGUGCCGGUGCCUGGGGCUCGGCAGUGGUCACUUUAGGUGUGAUUCAUCCAAGUGGUGCCAUGAUAACGGUAAUAAUUACCACAUUGGAGAAAAGUGGGAUCGUCGUGCUGAGAACGGUCAUAUGAUGAGCUGCACCUGUCUGGGCAACGGCAAAGGAGAGUUCAAAUGCGAACCACAUGAGUCCACUUGCUACGAUGAUGGAAAAAUGUAUCAAGUUGGGAACCAGUGGCAGAAGGAAUAUAUGGGUGCCAUCUGUACUUGUACCUGCUAUGGAGGACAACAGGGCUGGCGAUGUGAGAACUGCAGAAGGCCUGGAGGACAAACCAAUGUGGAGGCUGAGGUCUUGCAGCCUGGUGGCUUAGAUGCCUUCCAGCGCUACCGGGAAAAUGCUCUACGUAAACUGAACAUCCAGUGUCCAAUUGAAUGUUUAAAUCCAGAGCUGCUAGCAGAUGCUCAAAGCCCCUUGGAGUAGAGAAGGAGUGGGAAGAAAGGAGGAAUUGUGAAGUGAAACCCUUGAAAAUGUCAUCACUUCAAGAAGGAAGUUUCCUCCUGGUGCAUCAAGAAACAACAUUUCCAUCACAUUUGUGCCUUAAGGAUUUUCACCGCACCUACAUUUUGUGCCUUAAAGAACUCUGUGCCUUAUCAAAGAUCUGGAGUGAUUUGAUUCUCUAUAAAUUACAGCAGAAGUGGAGAAUUUUUUACAUUUUUUCUUUCACAUUUUUUUACACAAAUCUCUCACAGCACAAAUACUGCAACGUCACCUUAAACUCGGAUUCACAAAACAUACUGCACUGCACAAAACAUACUGCACUGCACACAGAAAGGUUUGGAAGUAAUUCUACAAGCUUUAUUUCUUCUGCUAAAAUAAAAAUAUAUCUGAAGAUAGGCAAAAAUAUACAAAAAACAUUUUAAAAUUGUUUUAGCAAUUUACAUCUUGUCUAUUUUUGUGCCACUGCAACAAAUUAAUUCAAUAUUCAGCAUUUUACAAAAACUUGCAUUUUUCAAAUGCAGAAAUAUUUUCAAAUCAAAAAUAUUUUUAUGAGAAGAAUUGCAAAGCCAUACAGUAUUUUAUUGUUUCUUAAAAUUACUUUCAGGUGUUCUGUCUUUCUGUGGUCAGUGUGCUGCUUUCUGUUGGGCAGGUUAGGAAUUCAUUUGCCUAUUCUGCUUUUUAAAUGAAAAGGGAAAAAAAAUGAACUAAACAAACCUUCUUUUCUAAAAAAUAAGCACUGUUACUUUUGGUGUGGUAUUAUAUUUGCCAGCCGUUUUUACUGUGUACAUUUUUUUUUUCAAUUCAUCAGAUGUGGACAUUAUCUGUAGCUGACAAUUAGUAUUUUCUUAAAAUAAGGAAAUAGAUAAACUUUUUCAAAAAAAAAAUUAAACUCAAAGCUCACUGACCAAAACUGUUGAUAAAUUUGCAAACAAAAUCUGUUUAAAUUACAUGUUUGCAUUUUUAAAGCCUUUACUUCUAUUUAUCCCUUUCUACUUAGGCAUUUUGCUCAGUGCUAUUUUUGGGGUGUAAACUUUAUUUUUAUUUACUGUUUUUGGUUUUUCUUUUGUUUUGUUAUGUUGUUGCCAGACUAUGAACUACUGUGGAACGAACCUUUUUAAUAAAUCCAAAAGAAAAAUAA